GCCAGUUUUACUCAUCAGCAUCAUAAAGUGAGAGGCAGAAAUGUGUCGUGGGAGGGGUCAUCGGAAUAUAUGGCUUCCAACAAGGCUUCGGCAGACGCUUCUAUCCUUGACUUUAUACUAUGCUGAUGAGUAAAUUGGCUGCUGAACAGAAUUCAUAAGUAAUUCUACGAUGUAAUUCUUAAAUGGCUGGUACCAUUGGUAUGUUUUGUUAUCAUAUGCAAUUUGCAGUGAAGCAUGAAGCUAGUGCAUUUUUACAGGAAAUUUGCUUCUCGAAACAUGAAAGAAAAGAAUGGCUAAAAAAGCACCAAGGCAUCACGACUGUCUCAAACACCAACCAUUUAGCAAAUCGCAUGUCCUCCUAAACGUGAAUGAUGGCAUAAUAAACGCCGUUAUGAAUGUAGACAUGUUCAAUCCUCGCUCCACUAAGCAAAGUGACAGGGCCCGUCACAACCAAGGAUAUGCAAUGAAGGGAGCAGAAAUGCAACUGGAUUGAAAUGGGUGCAGCUUAACAAAUACAUUGGCUUGGUCUCUUAAAAACACGGAAUUGAUGGAUCAAUUGAAGAUUCCGGGCAAGGCUCACAUGUACCGUGGUUAUUCUUUGAAACUCAGGAUGUAAUCUUCAAUUCAAACAACCUCGAAUC